AUGGAAGCCACGAGAGUUGUCCCAGAAGUUGCAGGCGUAGGGGUAGUCGGCGUGGUCGAAGCCUCUGCCGUUACCGCAAAUGGUGGUGAGCAGGGCGCUGCAGCGGUGCGUGACAAGGCUGAGUGCGCCUGGGAUGGAUCCCAAGCAAUGCUUGACCACUGCAUCACCCUCGCCCCUGAACAGGACGUUGCAAUGCCCCUGCACGCGCUCAUAGAGCACGGAGUAAGGAAGCCCUGCGAACCACGCGAGAAUGUCCCUGACGGUGCCGGGGUACCGCGGCUGAGACGGAACACGCAAGUGACAGAGACGCAGGUAACACUUGAGGUAUUCGUGGAGUUCGUCGAGUGGCUCCAUGAUAUUAUCGGUGAGCUCUCUAAUCUUCUGGCCGCUGCAGUCACUGUCGUUCCGCAGCUCGCCGUCCGGAACGCCCGCCGAGGUGACCCGGUAGCCGCGUUGCUGGAGGAAGGCGCCCAGGGGGGUGAAGGGGUUUAUUUAUUUAUCUGA